AUGGUGAGCGGUACUUUCGCUACCUCAUAUGAAGAUCUCAAGUUUCUUAUCGAAACUUUCGACAACUUGGGCACCUGCUUCCAUCAUUUAUAUAACACUACAGGCAGCAGUAAUACGACAGUAGUCCAGACACGUCUACAUGAUUACUGUGAAAUACCUAACUCUGAAGUGAGUGUCUGUGUGGGAUUCAAUGAUGGCUCGAUCAGUCUCGAUUUCCAGGUGUAUGGUCUGCAAAACUGGUACUAUUGGUACUUCAGCGAUAUGUGCAAUGAAGCCAGCAACACGGUCAACACCGAUAUUGCCGGUCCUGUAACGACAUCGGAAACCCGCUACGAUUACGCACCCCAAUACGGGAAUCAUGACCUCCCCCGACACUUCGAGUCAAUGUAUAACGUUGUGUUCAAAAAGAACCUCGUGAAUUAUUUCCAUGGGACUCUAUUUUUCUUCAGGUCAGCUUGUCACCUGUCAAAUGGCCAUCCUAAUUACCAAGAAGUCCAACUCAAUCUUCAAUGCGACCACUUUGCACGAGCUAAGAGCCAAUAA